UUCCAGCACAGCGCUCUUACACCCUGAUAUACCCGCGCAAGUACAGAGAGACACCGCGAUGGAGACUUUGCUACUAGCAGUGACCCUUCUCCUCGGCUGCCACUUGCCGCUACCGGUGACACCACUCCCCUUGCCCACCGAAAGAGCUGCGCCUCCGACCACCCCUGAUGUUGCUGCACACAUGACCUGUACUCGGACCGUGAACCGGACGUCCGAUUUUGAGGACCAUGUGCAGAUAGGCGUCCCGCUACUCAACCACUUACUGUGGGUGGUCAAUAGCAGCCUACAAACCAUGCGAACCGAGCGUUUUCAAGACCCUAACUACGAAGUCGUGACGGAGACCGAGGAUGUUGCCAGCCUCUGCUCGUGGACUUUCCAGGACUUCUUGACAAAAGUGUACGAGCGCCUGCAAAACGUCUCCUUGAACCUUGCGGCCCUCGAGCAGCUUACCAACUUCAGUGUGCCGCAGGUAGAAUUCAUCCAGACGCUCACCGACAGUCUGAAAAUUAACGUACAAUCGUUGGCACACAAUGGGACAACGCUGGAAGCUACCACUGCUUCUCCAAUCCAACAGCAGAGACUAUCUACCUGGUCUACUUAUGAGUUAGAUCGCUCGACACUCCGGAUGUUAACAUGGUAUCAGUCUUUGAUAAACUCUACAAGAAUAGUCUAUACGCACCUGCAAAUGUUAAACUCAGAGGCCGAAACUGAAUAGAAAGCUUAUCGUUAAGCGUUGUCACUAGAAGAUUGUUUACAUAUCACGAUUAUAGUACUUUGAUGAAAUACUAUUUAUUAUUACGAUUAUUGUACUUUGAUGCAAUACUAUUUAUCAUAAUAUAAUGAUGCAUCAAUAUCCAUUGUCUACAUAUCUUGUUUAUCAUACAUAGUUGUAUGUAUCAUAGACAAUAUUGUAUCUAUAACAUGGCCUUGUAUGUACAAAUACGUAUAAUAUAUACGAUGAAUAAUAACUAGGCCGUUUUGAAAUAUUUAUUGAUACAUUCAAAUUAUGAAGAUUUCUAUGUAAGAUUUUUGGACAUUUUUGAUGAAGUAAUUGACACUAGCUGGAUGAGAUAUAUGGUCAUGUUUGUUUCUUUGUUAUAAUUUAUACUCAAUGACCUAAGUCGAUCAUUCU